GUUAGGUUCAUAGACAAUAACAAAAUGGAAACGAAAGCAUCAAUUUGUAUUUUGGCAUUUUAUUUCUGUUUAACAUGCAUAAAAUCCUCACCUCUUCAGUUUUCAAAAGAAACAUAUCUAAAGACAAGGCAAUCAUUUCUUGAUGCUGAGGAGAAAUUGAAAAUUGGAGGAAAUUUAACAUUGACUGCUAAAGAGGAAAAAGCUAAUGCAGCUUUAAUGCGUUUGAAAUAUGCGGAAAUAAAUGCCUCUAGGAAUGGUGCCCCUUUUCCUCCAAGUAUGCAUUUCUUCAAGGGAAAGCCAAUUAUAGAGAAAAGCAGCGUAUUCAAAAUUUUACAAAAAAUGCCAAAAGGUGGUGCCUUACAUCUCCAUGACAUUUCCUUGACAGAUAUUUGGUGGAUUGUGAAGAACGUUACAUACCGUCCAAACUGUUACAUGUGCCAAGAUGUCAACAAAUCUAGCAUCAAGUUUCAUUUCUUUGCUAACCCACCACAAAACCCAGGUUGUCCAUGGAUGUUAGUAAGUCAUCAAAGACAAGUUUCAGGUGAUACAUCCAAGUUUGAUCAGAUGUUGUAUAAUAGUAUGUCCUUAGUAGUAGAUGACCCAGUAAAGACAUAUCCAACCAUAGAUGCUGUAUGGGCCCAGUUUUUACAUUGUUUUGAUGUUGCCAAUGGUAUGGUCAACUAUCUUCCGGUCUUUAAGGACUAUUUCUAUGAAGCCUUGAAUGAGUUCAGAUUAGAUAAUGUCCAGUACAUUGAAUUAAGAGGACUUUUGCCACAGGUAUAUGAUUUAAAUGGACAAACAUAUGACAAGACAACUGUAAUGCAAAUUUAUCAAGAUGUAUUUAACCAGUUUAAAAGAGAUCAUAAAGACUUCUCUGGUGGAAAAUAUAUAUACUCUAGUAUAAGGAUUAAAAGUCCAACAGACAUUUUAGGAGAUGUUAAACUAUCCCUUUCUCUUAAGACUAAGUUUCCAGAAUAUUUUGCUGGGUAUGACUUAGUUGGACAAGAGGAUCCUGGGAAAUCUUUAUUGUACUAUAUUGAUCCUCUACUGUAUCCACAGCAACAGAAUCCACCAAUCAAAUUACCUUAUUUUUUCCAUGCUGGAGAAACAGAUUGGGAAGGAACACCAACUGAUGAUAACCUGAUUGAUGCAGUGUUGUUAAAUACAACAAGAAUUGGUCAUGGUUAUGCUCUGACUAAACACCCAAAAGUUCUACAGGCAGUAAAACAGAAACAAAUCGCCAUUGAAGUGAACCCUAUCUCUAACCAGGUAUUAAAGUUAGUGGAUGAUUUAAGAAACCAUCCUGCUGCCAGCAUGAUAGCAGAGGGUUACCCAGUAGUUAUAAGUGCAGAUGACCCCUCAGUAUGGGGAGCCCGUGGAUUGUCAUAUGACUUCUACAUGGCCUUCAUGGGAAUGGCUGGUGAAGAUGCUGAUCUUAAAUUCCUGAAGCAGAUAGCAUUAAACUCAUUACAGUAUAGUGCCAUGACCCCACAAGAGAAGAGCAGCGCUAUGAAUCUUUGGAAAUAUAAGUGGGAUACCUUUAUUGAAGACAUUAUUGAAACAUACUGGUACCAUCACCACAUGGGAAGAAAUGGUAUUAAUACAACUUUGAUUUUUGGUUGAUGGUUUUGUAUAAGAGAGUUCUUUAUAAAUUUGCAAUAAGUCUCAGUUCCAGAAAGAUAUUUUAAAAUCAAAUUAAGAUAUACCGUGGUAGAUUAUGUUGAGAUUUCAAACUCAUUGUUAUUAUUUCUGCUAGCAGGUCUAGUUAAAUUUCAACUAGAAUAGACAUGAUUAUGGGUCGGGAUGUGACACUUAUAACAUAAGCAGGUGAGGAUUAGAGAUUUGAUAUAAGGGGUGGGGUGGGGGGAGUCUGAUAUUAUGAAUUAGAGGACCUUAUUGGGACAAACUUCAUUUCAUUUUGUGUUUUUUUAAAGGGGUGGGUCAAUUAUCUUGUCCUUCUCUCUCCAUCUUAAUCUGUUCCUGAUAAGUGUACUGUAGUUUUAUCUUUGUAGAUUUUGAUGCUACUAAUUGUUAAACAAAGUUUUUCUAUGUAUACAGAUAUUAAGACAUUAAUCUCCAAGUUUUGAAUUAAAUAUGAUACUGAAACAUAAAUGUAUACAUAGGCAUACCUGCCAAAACUUCAAAAUGUCCAUGGGGGUUUUACAUGCAAGAUGGCUGUCACAGUUCUACAAGACCUUUGAAGGGGCCUUCAAAUUUAUUUUUAUAUUGUGUAUUUGCUUUUCCAUGCUUUUAAAAUGCUAUACCAAUGGUAAAAUUGAUAGUUUUGUUUUAAGCUCUGUAGAAAAUUGCUAUUUCAAAAUUUCAAAUUAAGAGCCUCCAUGGGGAAAUCCCCGCAAAUGGUGACAGUUGGCAGGUAUACAUAGGGUAUCCCUUGUACAAUAUCCUGCUGUAUACAUUGCAUUAUAAUACACCUACAGUACAAAAUUAUAUAACAGGGAUCCAGUAGAAAUUAAAAGUACAUGUAUACUGUAUUCCUGUCAUGUAGUUCUACUGUUGUUAGGAGCAAUUAUUUGGUUGACAGUAAACAUAAAUACCCAGUGUUCCAGUGUUUGACAAUUAUAAAAUUAUUUAUAGACAUCAUUUUGCAAAACGGGUAUAUUCUUUGGUUAUUUAGCAUGUGUUGAAUCAUUUUUCAAGGUCGUUAAUUUUGAAAAUUAUACCCCACCCAAAAUGUAUACAUAAUGUUUUUUUACCUGUCUGUCUAUCUGUCCGUCUGUAUGUCAGUCUUGUCCUUGUAGUCACAACUCCUCUGAAACCACACAUCAGAAUUUCAUGAAACUUUGUAGAUAAUAAGAACUUACUACGUAGAUGUGCAUAUCGACAGGAAAUCAUGAUUUAAUUUUUUUUCUAGUAGUUAUUAUGUCCCUUUGAACUUAUUGGCAUGAAUAUACAACUACAACAGUUUGUCAUUGCAAUUCCCCUGCAAUCACACAACAAAAUUUCAUGAAACUUUGUAGUUAAUGAGGGUAUAAUAAAUAAAUGUGCAUAUAUAUAAGAAUAUUUUAUCAGUUGAUUUUUGUAGAGUUAUGAGUCUUAGAACUUAGGAAUCUGGUGAGAUAUUUAUUUUCGAGUGACAAUGUGGAAGUGUGUGGUAAUGAAGUGUGCUCACAAAUGUUUAAAAUUAAAUGACUUUUUUAUUAAUUCAUUUAAUAGCACAAAUAAUAGUAAAAUAUAUUUUAUAUUUUAUAUGAGGAGGCACUGUUUCAUUUGUUGAUAAGAUUUGUGAAUUUUGCUUGUUAUGUAGAUUGAUUUCUAAUAUUCAUUAAUAUUUUUUUCAAAUGAAGAUGAAGAUUAUUUUUUAUGACUAAUUAUUGUUUAUUUAUAUUUUUGUUUUGAUUUUAGCAUUUUCACAUUUAAUAAUACUAACAAAAUUGUGUUAAAGGAGAAAGACACGAUAAUACAAGAUGAUUGUGGCUGUCUUUUACUUGAAGUGAGGUGAGAGUUUUUUUCUCUGUGUUGAAGGCCUCACUGUAACUUUGAUAUGGAGAACAACAAUACAAGCUAUGUUCUGCUGCUUUUUGUGUCAUGAGUGAAUCCCUUUAUGGUUUGUUUUUCUAUUUGAAAAUACAAUGUUUAGAAUUUAAUAUUGUUCGUGAAAUUUUUAUUUGUUAAUGAAUGAUUAAUAUAAUAUUAUUGGGGUAUAAAAAGGAUUUGUAUAGUAGAUAGUUUGGAAUUUUUGUUUAUUGUUUUUAUUUUGUUGUGAUUUAUGAUUUUCAUGUUUACAUCUUUUAAAAUGCUAAUAUUUUUGUGAAUAUUUAUUAAUUUAUGAAUUAAAAAGAUUAAUUUAUGAUUGUGUGUCCAGAUUGUAUUUUAAUAAUACAGGAAGACAUCUUUUUUUAAAAGUGUAUAUUUUGUACAAUUUUACAUUGAAACAGAAGAAUGAAUACUUAAUUUUCAAAUAAGGCCCAUCUAGUUAAAUAAGUAAAUUUUUAUCAAUGUCUACCUUGAGGGGGGGUAUAGGAUCUAUAGGCGUUCAGUUAUGCUUAUCAUAACACCAAUUUAUGGCACAUGGAACUUUUCCUACCAAAUUUUGUAUACAAAGUAAAAAUUAAACAAGGAAUUUAAAGAAUUAUAAUAAAGAUAAUUGCUUAUCUGAUGCCAACCACCUUAAUGCCUUUUUGAAAUCUACAGACCCCUACAGAAUUAUAUAGUGACAGUGUUAAACCAAUUAUAUUGUGACUUAUAUAUCCAAGAUGUGACAAAGCCAGAAUUAUUGUAUGCUAAAACAAGGCAAUAACUUAUGGUAUACUGAUUUGUUAUGUAGACGUGGGUGAAAGAAAACUAUUUGAUAUUUUGCAAUUUAUAUAUUUAAAACUUUUACUGACUUAUUUUUUAUAUAAGAUUUUAAUAUUAAGAUUUUAUAUUUAUUGUUUGUAAUAUGCCUUUUAAAUGUUUUAUCUAUGAUGACUAGUAUGUAUUGUAUGUAAUUUGUUCUGUUAUCA